AAGUAUACUCAUUUCAAGUAAAGGAUCAGUUUCAGGGUUCAGGCUAAGUGUCUUGAUGACAAGAAUUCAGGUUCCAAGGAGAAGCCCAUAAGGCUAAGGGUAUUGGAUAUAACGGAAAGUGGAAGCUAUACCUGACUUCCAGAGAAUGUGGACUGGAUAUAAGAUCUUAAUCUUCUCUUAUCUUACUACAGAAAUCUGGAUGGAGAAGCAGUAUUUACCUCAAAGAGAAGUGGACCUAGAAGCUUAUUUCACUAGGAAUCACACCGUUUUUCAAGGUACUCGAUUCAAAAGAGCCAUUUUCCAAGGGCAAUACUGUAGAAAUUUUGGCUGUUGUGAAGACAGAGAUGAUGGCUGUGUCACUGAGUUCUAUGAGGCGAAUGCGUUGUGCUACUGCGAUAAAUUCUGUGACAGAGAAAAUUCUGAUUGCUGUCCUGACUACAAGUCCUUUUGCCAUGAAGAGAAAGAAUGGCCUCCUCACACACAACCUUGGUAUCCAGAAGGUUGCUUCAAAGAUGGUCAACAUUAUGAAGAGGGAUCAGUAAUUAAAGAAAACUGCAACUCCUGCACAUGCUCAGGACAGCAAUGGAAAUGUUCCCAGCAUGUAUGCCUUGUUCGUCCAGAAUUAAUUGAACAGGUCAAUAAAGGAGACUAUGGAUGGACAGCACAUAACUACAGCCAAUUUUGGGGAAUGACUUUAGAAGAUGGUUUCAAAUUUCGCCUUGGCACUUUGCCACCUAGUCCCAUGCUCCUGAGCAUGAAUGAAAUGACAGCUCCUUUACCUGCAACAACUGACCUUCCAGAGUUUUUUGUUGCUUCUUAUAAAUGGCCUGGAUGGACUCAUGGCCCAUUGGAUCAAAAAAAUUGUGCUGCAUCCUGGGCAUUUUCCACUGCAAGUGUGGCUGCUGACCGAAUAGCAAUUCAGUCUAAGGGUCGAUACACGGCCAAUCUAUCCCCUCAGAAUUUGAUCUCUUGCUGUGCCAAGAACCGUCAUGGGUGCAAUAGUGGAAGCAUCGAUAGGGCUUGGUGGUACCUGAGAAAACGUGGACUGGUAUCCCAUGCAUGCUAUCCACUUUUCAAAGACCAAAAUGCCAACAAUGGAUGUGCCAUGGCAAGCAGGUCUGAUGGCCGAGGAAAACGGCAUGCCACAAAGCCAUGUCCCAACAACAUAGAAAAAUCUAACAGGAUCUACCAAUGUUCUCCUCCAUACAGAGUCUCUUCCAGUGAAACUGAGAUAAUGAAAGAAAUUAUGCAAAAUGGACCAGUUCAAGCCAUAAUGCAAGUCCGUGAGGAUUUCUUCUAUUAUAAGACAGGGAUAUACAGGCAUGUUACCAGCACAAACAAAGAGUCAGAAAAAUAUCGAAAGCUUCAGACACAUGCAGUCAAACUUACUGGAUGGGGCACACUGAGAGGAGCACAAGGGCAGAAAGAAAAAUUUUGGAUUGCUGCCAAUUCCUGGGGAAAGUUAUGGGGAGAGAAUGGCUAUUUCAGAAUUCUUCGAGGAGUAAAUGAGUCUGACAUUGAAAAGUUGAUUAUCGCAGCUUGGGGCCAACUGACAAGUUCCGACGAACCAUAACGUAUCAUUAAAUUUCCAUAAGGCCAUGCCUUUAAGUAACCCCCUAAAUUGAAGUUUAGCAAUAUGACAUUCUUAGUGACAAUGGAAUCUUUGUCUCUUCACCGUGUUAACAUAAUCUAUCUAUUUUCUUAUUCCCCCCCACCCCCCGGUCUAUGCUUCUGCUUCCUUCAUAUUACUGAGCAUACAAAACACCAA